AUGGGACGACUAGGCCACUUGGCGGCCACGAUAAUAAUCGCGUUGGUCUGUCAGCAAGCUCAAGCUCAAUUCACUGCUUGGCUCACCGCGAAUGCCGCUUGCUCGACUUGCACCCCAGCUCCAGCUUUUGGUGCAAUGAGCAUUCGGCUUUGCAAGGAGAGCACAACUGGCGGCGGUUGUGGACCAGUGAGCAGUUACAUUCAAUGGACACCCUGUUGUGGGAGCACUGUUGUGAGCUGGAGUCCUUGGGGUGCAUGGAGUGAGUGCACAGCCGCGUGUGGAGCGUGUGGACGGCAAACGAGAUCCCGUGUCUGUGCAGCUGCGAACGGAUGUCCUGGCACUUGCGCUGGAAACUCGAACGAUACAAGCGCAACACCGUGUGAUGCAACAACUGGCACAAACAUGUAUUCAACUUGUGUCUUUCCUAUGCCUUCAUGUUGUGGUUCAUACAAACGAAAUCUUUCGUUAACAUCGAAGAAAUACGUCUGUAUG